AUGUCGCGCAACCUCAAGGCGCUCGUGACAAAAAGUAGCUUCAAGGAGAGAUUGAAGACAGCUCAGAGCUAUCUGCAGAAAUUAAAAUUCCUCGUCGAGGAUGUCAGUAGUCGUCAUUUAAACCCGCAAGAUUCUUUGCCGGAUGUUUUCGUCUGGGUGAUAAGCUCCGGUAGACGAGUCGCAUACCAGAGGAUAUCGUGUCGUGAACUCAUCUACUCGGUGGUUGACGAAGAAUGCGGUCGACAUUGUGGGAAAGUACAGACUAUGUUCCUCAAGCUUCCAGGCAAGAAGAGGUUUGGACCUUCAGGAUGGGCGAUACAGACGAAACUGCAAAUCUACAUGUGGCUAGGGAUACUGAAGCACAAAAAGUAUUUUAUUCAGGGUUUGCCGAAGGGAUACGAGUUCGGUCACGAACUGAAGAACGUGGACAGGCCGCGAGCUUUGCCGCCAAUUAUGCUUCACUACAUCCAGAAACAUAAAUUUCAAUUGAGAGCCCACAUGUACCAAGCAAGGUCGCUGAUCGGCAGCGACGCUUCCGGUCUCUCUGACCCAUUCGCAAGAGUGAUCUGCGGUGAAUUUUGCAAGAGCACCCAGGUGAUCGACGAGACCCUCAGCCCGACGUGGGACGAGUUGCUGUUAUUUGAUGACAUUUUGAUCUACGGCACCGCCGAGGAGAUCAAGAAGGACCCGCCAUCCAUCGUCGUCGAGCUGUUUGAUCAGGAUAAAGUGAGUCAUAUUAUAGCUAUGGACAUAACACUGCAUGAGGGCUCUGCUUUAACAGGAAAAUCAGAAUAUAUCGGACGAGCGAUCGCCCGACCUCACGUCAAGCUCGCUUCUGAAGCCUACACUCCUCCGCAAUAUCCGCCGUCGUUGGAAUGGUAUGACGUUACUAGAGGUGCUUCAAGGGCUGGCGAGCUUUUAGCGGUCUUCGAAUUGUUAGAAUAUCCCUCUACCAAAGAUUACGGAUUCCCUACUCUGCCUGAUCCAAAGAUCCUAGUUGCGGUUCUCAAACUCCGGGCUCCGCUCAGGAUCAAGGCCCGAUUCUUCCGAAUCGAAGUGCUUUUCUGGGGCUUACGAGAUUUGAAAAGAAUUCACCUGUUGACCGUGGAUAAACCGCGUGUGGACGUCGAAUGCGCCGGCCACAUUCUCUACUCGUCUGUCAUAGCAAACGCGAAGAAGAACCCAAAUUUCAACACACCAAUUAAAUUUCUGGAAUUGGAGCUACCCGAGCAAGAGCUUUAUCGACCGCCACUGACCAUAAGAGCGGUGGAUUGUCGGAGUUUCGGCAGAUAUACUCUCGUCGGCACUCACACCAUUAAUUCGAUACACAAAUACAUGUACUAUCCUUUGACCAAAAGGGCAAAGGAUGCUCAGGAGAGAAAGAAAAGCUUGUACCAACUACAGUGUACAGCUAUUGAUCCAUCUAAAUCGAGAUAUCAGCAAACAUCAUUGCCUGAUUCAUUGACCGAUUUGGAAUCUAAUAACGGUGAUACCAUCAUUAAUCUUGGAUUUGAUAUAGUAGGUGGUCCUACAAAGAAAGACAAAACAGAGCAAAAUAUACGCAGGAAGCAAAGUAUAGUCAAUGACAACAGCAUGGGCGAUUUAGGCGCAUUAGAGGAUGGAGACGGCUGUCAAGAUUGGUGGACAAAAUACUUUGCGUCCGUGGAGGCGAUGAUCGAAGAGAAUAAAGAAUUACGUAAAGAAAAAUCCAUAUUCCAAAAUCAGCCGAACGGAACGUUACCAAUGCUUUUGGAUGAGGCUGUCACACAAAGUCAAUUACAAGCUACUUCGGGCGAGAAAAAUCCCGGAAUUACACCCACGAAAAAAUUGUUCGGUCUGAAAUCACCGACGAACGCAGCGAGAUUCGUCUCGAGGCUCAGCCCAAAGCAAACGCAACAAAAGUACAAGAAGGCCGCUCUUCUGAAGAUUUAUCCCGGAGAGCUGGAAGCUCAACCUGAGUUUGAGCAAUUCAAGGAAUGGUUGCACACCUUCGAGCUGUAUCGCGGUAAAAAGACCGGCGAUGAAACCGAAGAUGAAUCAAGAAUCGUCGGCAAUUUCAAGGGUGCACUGAAAGUCUACAAAUGGCCAUUGCCUAAGGAUCUGGUGAAUCACACCGUGAUGGGUUUCGAUCCGCAGUACGGAUUCUUUCAAGGUGUCCCAUCGAACGAGCCUAUUCACGUCCUAGUACGUGUUUAUGUCGUUAAAGCUAACGACCUUCAUCCUUGUGAUCUCAAUGGGAAAGCGGAUCCCUACGUGGUCUUACAACUAGGAGGCAAGAGAAUCAGUGAUAAGGAGCAUUACGUGUCGAAACAGCUGAAUCCUGUUUUCGGAAAGUGCUUUGAGAUCGAGGCAACGUUUCCACAGGAUUCCUUGCUCACGGUACAAGUUCUAGAUUGGGAUCUAGUCGGAACGGACGAUAUGAUCGGGGAGACUAAAAUUGAUCUAGAAAAUCGCUUCUACAGCAGACAUCGCGCUACGUGCGGACUCGCAAAAAAAUACGACGAGUAA